AUGGCGGUGGGUGAUGCAGAAGAAGAGGAAGCCCAACGUGACUUCCAGCACGUGUGGAGCGAAAGUGAGGACUGCUUACCUUUUCUGCAGCUCGCACAGGAUUACAUCUCCUCCUGUGGGAAAAAGACACUCCACGAAAUACUGGAAAAAGUCUUCAAAUCCUUCAGACCCUUACUUGGGCUUCCAGAUGUUGAUGAUGAUGCAUUUGAAGAAUAUAACGCAGAUGUGGAAGAAGAGGAACCAGAAGCCGAUCACCAACAGAUGGGUGUCAGUCAGCAGUGA